UUCGGCGAACUCGUUUAGUUUCAAGAUGGCGCUGCCCAUGAAGCAUUUUGUCUGUCAGUUUCAUAAGAUUUUACCAGUUAUUAUACGCUCGUUGUACACAAAACCAGCGAAUAUAACUCACUUUCAAUCGAUCAGAAGCAAUAGCCACUCGAAGAUCACCCGUUCUGUGGUUGGUUCACGACAUAUCCAUGCUUCUAUUGCUGGUGGACUAAGGCACGGCGAUUAUGAGUAUCAAGACCCAAAGUCUCCUGAGGAUAUAGUGAAUAUCACCUAUGUGACAAAAGACGAUGAGAGGAUAGAAGUGAAAGGAAAGGUUGGAGACAAUGUCAUGUAUUUGGCACACAGAUAUGGUAUUGAAAUAGAAGGUGCCUGUGAAGCUUCUCUUGCUUGCUGUACGUGUCAUGUUAUCUUACCAGAUUCAUAUUAUGAUAUGCUACCUGAAUCAACGGAAGAGGAGGAAGACAUGUUGGAUCUGGCCCCUUUUCUAACAUCAACAUCAAGAUUAAGCUGUCAAAUUAUUCUAAGCAAAGAGCUGGAGGGGAUGGAGGUCCAGCUUCCGAAAGCAACAAGGAAUUUCUAUGUUGAUGGUCAUGUACCCCAGCCUCAUUGACCUUGACUUCUUGUGUGACCUUGAGGCUGAUGUUUAAAGGUCGUUCAGGGUUCAUGUAAACAGGGCAGGAUGCAAAGGGUACUCCUUUUUUAACACAUUGACUUUUACACUGAUAGUGUCCUGGUGUAUCUGGGUGUAUUAAGAACAAUUCCCCAAACAUGCACACAUUCUGGUUUUUAACAGUGUUGGACCUCAUCUAUGGGAUCAUUGAUGGAGUAUUUUUCUCUGUUCUGCUAAAAUUGUUUUGAUGGCUCCAUCCUGCAUUUUGUCCUUCAUGCACAAUAUUCUCAAUGGCAAUAUCUAUGUGGAUGGCAUCACAGCAAAAAGGCAGAAAGUGCAUCUUGAGCGAUUAUGAUACCGGUACCUAAAUUUUUACCAGAAAUGGCGUGAUUAAGUUACAAUUUAUUAUAACAUGCCUGCCAGCUGCUCUCUUUGAUCAGAAUGAUCUGAGUUUUAUACCUGAAAAAGAAGCACUCUUCUUUGAAUGGAUGGAUAAAUGAACAAAUGAAUGGAUGGAUGAAUGUAAAAAUGAAUGAGUGAUUAAAUGAAUAGAUGAAUGAAUGUGUUAUUGGUUUUGUUUAUAUCUCUUAAUGAAGGUUUAAGUGUCGUAUUGGUCAGACAUGUACCCUCGUUCAUUUCAGAUUUAAUGGUCAGCAAGUGUAAUGAUAGAAGAAUACAUAUAUUUUCAAAUUUAUUUUAAAAGUUCAACCAUAAAGAUGAUAUGGCAUUUUAGUAAUGAUAGUGAUCCUGAUUUUAAUAUCCAUAGUAUUGAUACUCAGGGAAAACAAUCUGGUAAAUCUCUUCUCAAAUAUUUCGUAAAAAGCCUUUCUUAAUACAUGUAUUCCCAUGAUAUACUUUGCCAUCCUACAGGAAUUUGAUGAUCUCUGUAUUAAGGACGUUCCACAGUUAUGUUUGUGCGCAUUAUGAUCUGCGCAUAGUUUACACUCUGCGCGCUGACGUCACAAUGGAUGAACAGGUGAUUAAUUAGCUGCGGGUAUGAGCUGAUUUUUCUCUUCUUCUGCACUUAAACUGCAGAACCGAUGUGUUAUUUCAUGAAGCUAAAAAGUGGAAUUAUUCCACGGACGAUUAAAAAAAAAUUCUCUACAAUUUCAAAAUACUUUACUCUGCAGUGCUGCCAAGAAUCACGAAUAUUACCCCGAGUUUGAAUAAAUGGUAGAGUGGUUUUGAUUUUUUCUUCACAUAGAUACAAAGUAUUCGGUGCAUUUUUGGUGUUUUAAAAAGCACAUUUGCUCUAAUAAAAAUGCUGAUAGUUUAAAAACAAGCACAUGAACCCCUAUUUUUUAAUGUUUGUACCUCUUAGGUAUACCUUCCUUUACAACUCUGCAAAUUUUGGUGAAAAUGACAUGGAUUUUGAAUAAAGUGCAGCAUUUAUUGUACAUUUGUAGUUUGUUACUGAAAUUUCACAUUUUUUAGAUUGGGAUUUUGUUAUCUUUUACGCCAUUUUUAAGAACUGGCAGUGCUGUUAAACUUAAAAUUGCAAACAAAUAGCACUAUAGAUAAAUUCUCCAUUCUAACGAUACAAUUAUUAACUCUCUUGCAAAAUUUGAUGACUUUUUCAUGUAUUUUGACUGAGUAAUAAAGGUUUAAACUCAUUGUAG